AUGUCACAGAAUCUCGAAUACUGUCAAUUGGCAACUGCGAUCACUUCUCCGCCGAUCCCUCAGAAAUACCCUAGACGAAAUCCGUCACGUCAAUAUUCUGUACCAACCUCACCGGAAUUCAAUCUUCCAUCGAAUGAAUCAUUCUCACCGGCAAUUCAUUCGCCACCUUUCGCAAGUGAGGGUAGUGUGGGUAGACAAUAUGACGUUCGAAAUGUAUCAUCGUCGUUGAAAAUAAAAGAAAACAAAGCAGUAAAUGAUAAUCACAAAUAUUCGUUUACAUUAAAUUUACCAUCUUCGAGAAACGAACCCGAUCGAAGUUUGAAACCACGUUUCUAUAAAUUUGAUAUGACGACAAAAAGCGAAGCGAAGAUAACAACGUCGUCAAAUGUACCAUUUCAUGAUACGACAAAACCGAACAUUCGUACUCCGUCAUCAGAUCAUCCGGAAACUGAUGAGUUGAGUGAUGCUGGCACUUAUAUCAUCGAUGACGAUGUCGAUGCCGUACAAGAUCCGAAAUCCAAAGCACAACUGGUUCCAUCAUCGUCAAUACUCAAACGAUAUGUCAAUCAAACGAAAACUCGACAUGGAACGUUUGAACUUCGUGGAGCAAUUGCGCAAACAAUCCAUACAGUUAAUCGUCCUGUUGUAGAUGCCAACAUUCCAAGACGAGAGUUAUCUCAAUCAUCGAAUUCUUCACCGGCAUCAUCAUUACAUUCGUUUUCUGAUGAUGGGGAUUGGAUUCAUAGUCCAUCUGAAAUAGCAAUUUCAAACAAAUCUUCCGAUCAGUUGUCACAUACAACAGCACCACCAAAAUAUCAAAUCAAACCAGCAGAAUGUUUUGUCAUAUCGCCAACCUUUGAAACCAAGAAACAUCCCGCUACAAGUGCUUCAGAACGCAAAUUAGAUAUACCAUGGAGAGCAAAAUUCGCUGCUAAAUCAGCGUCUACAAAUAAUGCAAAUUCAUCGCCAGACAAUUUUGCAUCUUCCGCAAUACGACCCAAUCCUGACGUGACCGAAAAGCAAUCGUCGACGAACGCACCUACUCGGCCACAUACAUUAUUUCAAACCAAUUCCUCUGUUUCCUAUUCAGAACCAUCGAGUUCACGAUUGACAUCUUCAACAUCGAAUAUCCUACCUAAUGAUGUCGAUGACUCAUUAUCGAAAGUACCGAUGACUAAGUCAUUCUUUCUACGUCAACAACGUUCAACUGUUACUACACCGACAUCGAAACCCGUUCAAUCAACAAAAACAUCUUUGCAUCCACCGUUGAAACAGGCAACAUCAGUUGCGCCUUCCUUACCUAGUUCAAGUUCACAAACAAAUCGAGCUGUGGAACUACGUCGUGCACGAGCACAAGCAAAAAUCGAAGAAUUAGCUCAACGUACCAAAAAACAGUUACAGAAACAAGAGAGUAGUUCGAAAAAUAACAUUAUGAGUACUUCAUGGCACAGCAAUGCAAAUAGUUUGGGGAAAAAUAAUUCAGUAAAUGGCCGAAUCAGUGCGCGAACAACUACGAAGCCAACUAUCCUUUCUGAGCGAGAGAAUCUGUCAGCAACGCGUACGAUUUCAUCUGCAGCUCCUCCACAUCGACCCGCUUCGGCAAGUCCCAAUCGACCUGAACAAAAGCUAACAUUAUCUGAGUAUCGGAAACCUGUCCGAAUCAAUCAAUCCAACGCACAACAAUCUCAACGAAUGACAACAAGUGCUCUUAGUCUUGGAACGGAACAUUGUGACACAUUACGAGAAAAUGGUCAAAGAUUAGCAAUAAGAUUAAUUCAACUUUCAUCUGGAAUUUUAGAGAAACUCAAAUUAAAUGAUUCUAUCGUCGAUAAUGAUACAACUGUCAGAGAACUACAGAAACUUGUUGAAAAAUUACAAACAGUCAAUCAGACAUUAACCACCAUUGAUGCUGCACUAACCGGUCCGAUCAAUGACGAUGCUUUUGUUUAA